AACGCUCCCUUCCCUCAGUCAACAACAUGGCGGAGCGGGGGCAGCUCACCCUCUUCGCCCUCGCGGCUGUUUUCGGCAUUUUGCUCAUCAGGGACUUCGUUCCCGUGGACGGAUCCUCCAAGGAAGUCCCCAAGAUGAAAUUCAACAACCUGAUGGGUCCUACGCUCCGGUUCCUGUACUGCUACUCGUGAGGGUACAGGAAGGUGUUUGAGCAGUACGCCAACAUCCUGCGCGAGAAGUAUCCAGACAUCUCUAUCCUCGGGGACAACUAUCCCCCGCCAGAUUGGAGGGUCUGGCUUGCGCAGCUGUUGGGUGGUGCCAAACUGAUUGUGUUGGUGAUGAUCAUUGCCAAUAUCAACAUUUGGGAGUGGCUUGGGCAAGAAAUUCCCUCGUGGUGGACCUGGUUCCUCAACAAUAAAAUCUAUGGCUGUAUGAUGGUGUUCUUCCUUUGCAACGCCAUAGAAGGACAGCUCAUCUCCACAGGCGCUUUUGAAAUAUCCUUUAAUGAUGUUCCUGUUUGGUCCAAGUUAGAGACAGGCCGAAUACCUCAACCUCCAGAACUCUUCCAGAUUAUUGAUAAUCAUGUGAGAUUUAACCAAAAUUCAAAUUCCUGGAGUGAUAACAUCUAACUCUGUGUUUCUAAGAAGUGGAGAGGGAUUUACACCGAAAGCCUUGGAUCUCUUAGUCUCUGUAUAUUAGUCAAGUCAUCAGUAAUA